UUAAAAGUUAAAAUAUUUUCUCAAACUUCCAAAUUGACCCCAUAAGUUAAAGUCUUCUAACCGAUGGACGCCCUCCUCCUCCCUCCUUCGCCGGAUCCCGAAAAGUCAUUCACCGAUCCGGCGAACCAAGGGGCGAAUCACCGUCCGGAGGAUUCCAGCGACGAGCUCAAAGAUGAGACAAUGAGGAUGAAGAUGAAGCUAUCGCCUUUAACAAAAAGAAAGCUAAAGGCAAAGAAGAAAGAGAGCGACGAAGCUUCUUCCUCCUCAUGUUCUUCGUCUUAUGCCUCUAAUCUCAAUUCUACUCGAAGGGUUUCGAGAGUUGCUCAUAGGUUGCGAAGCCCUUCGGUGCGGUUAGGUUUUACUCGACGAACCGUCGGUGAGAGACAAGCCGAAGCCUUGGCUCUUCCUCUGGGCAUGUCAUUCGCCGCCUUUGCCAAUCUGGUUCUCCAGAGAAAGAGUGCCAAUGGUCAGAAUAUUUAUGUUGAUGAUCUUGCCGGAAUCUCUGCUUCUGCUGUCAAAGAAUCUUUAGCCAAUGUGUAUGGUGACAAACUUGGUUCCUUUGCGACCAACUUUGAGAAAUCAUUUAACAGCACUCUAAAGAUCCUUAAACUGAUCAACGAAUCUACACCUCCUCAUCUGUUAGACAAUAACAAUAACGUUGCGAGUUGUGAUAUAGACCGGUCUACAAUAGACGGAUGCUCAGACAGCGAGCUAUCUGCAAAGGAGACUUCAUCUACUACGUCUGCUUACGAAGCAAUUCAAGGCGGUACAAGAACAACAACCUCUUCGAUGAAUGAGAUCGUCCUCCACGAAGAGACACGACAACUCUCUACCGUCUCGAGAACCUCCUCAGCCAUGCCGCUGACCACAUUCGAAAAGGCUCUAGAAGAGCAAGCGCGAGCAAACGACUUAAAGAGCAUGGAGAUCGGUCUCACAAUGAGGAAGCUGAGGCUGAAAGAAACUGAGCUAGCGUUAAGCUACGAAUCAAACAACCUGGGGAAAUCAAAGCUAGAGAUGAACGUUUCCAGAGCUGCGUUCAGAGCCGAGAAGUUCAAAACAGAACAAGAAGACUCCAAAAAAGCCGAUAUGGUUCACAAAAUCAUGGACUGGCUCGUCCUGAGCGUCUUCACCGUGCUGGCUUCUAUGCUAUACGGCGCUUACGUGUUCUCGCAUCAGAGAAUCACCGAAGCAGCCUCGAUCUGCGAGCCGUCGGAGGAGAAAACGUCUUCCUGGUGGGUUCCUAAGCAAGUUUCCUCGAUCAACGCGGAGUUCAACAUUUUGCUUUGCCGUCUCAGAGUCUGGGUUCAGAGCUUCUUCGGCGUGUUGAUGAUCCUCGUCAUCACUUACUUCAUCAUCCAACGCUCGUCGUCGGGUACAGCGAAGCAGACGAUGCCCGUGACGUUCAUCGUUAUUUUCCUCGGGAUCGUUUGCGGUUUGCCUGGUAAGUUCUGCGUGGACACGUUGGGAGGCGACGGUAAACUCUGGCUGCUUCUUUGGGAGACGUUUUGCGUUUUGCAGUUCGUUGCGAACGUCUUCACGCUGGCUUUUUAUCGUUUGAUGUAUGGUCCAGUAACUACUCAAGGGGGACGUUGUGACACUAUGGUUCCGUAUUGGGCACGGCGCAGUGUCUUCUUUGCGUUGGUUGUGUUGGCACUUCCUGUAAUGAACGGUCUUUUACCGUUUGCUACGUACGGUGAAUGGAGAGAACAUUGGGCUACAUGGUGGGCCGGGCCGGGCUCUGAUGAUUGAAGGGGGAAACCGAACCCUUGUUUGUAAUCUUUGUAUUAUUAUUUAUUAUUUCGUGUUUGGAUUUUGUUUUUGUUUUUUUAUGGGUGCGGUCGAAAAUAUCAAUGUUAUUGCUGUUACAAAGUUAAAUAUAUUGAUGUACUAUUUUGAUUAGUGA